AUGGAGAAAAUCAAGGCUGAAAGGGGUAAUGUGAAAAUUAAAGUCAAGUCGGAAACCCAUAUUCCUGGCGCGGUAAAGAAUUGUGUGGAAUGGUUUGAUUUGAAGGUCCAUUCCGAUCAUGAUUCAGGCGAAGAUCAACGUCGUGUCUGUGCCUUGAAGGAGUUCAUAGAUGAAGAUGAUAUCAAGGCCGCUUUUGAUGAGCGUUUUGAUGGGCAUCGUAAGUGUGACUUGUCCACACUACUUUGGUACUCCAGGAAAAUAUUUAUGGAGCAAGGAGUUUCUCAGCGUCAACAGACAAUCGUCUACAUCACUAACGAUACAAAUCCUUUCGAAGAAAAUUGGGCAACACAGAUUGAAGGCUACUUCAAUGAAGAAAGGAGUGGCAUCUUUCCGCCAUCCAGAAAAGGGAAACGGACCGCAGGAGAGUUUUCAGUAGUACUGUUACGAAAAGAGGAGGACGAUGAUGACGAAACAUAUGAGAAGGACACGAGAGUUUGGCGACAGCUGGAUCCCAACAUCGGUGCGAGCAAAUCGAUUGAGGAUUUAGAAACACAGUAUGCGUUGGCUAGUGAAGCUCGUCCUCCCACAAAAGAGUACCUAGACUACGAGACAGAGAACCCGGUUGAGAAGCGUCAAGUAUGGGUUCCUCAUGACAAUGCUUCUCAAUCGAUUAGUCAAAGAUCAGGUGGGGACAACGAAUUUGAAGACGAAUUCAUGACUGAUGUAUUGGAGGAUACGAAAUGGCUUGAAAAGGAAGUUGGAGAUCGCACACGAGCUAAAUUUGAGCUCAAAAAAGCGAUAAAGAUCGGUGGCGAAUGUAUAGUGAGUGAGCAAUCUGAGAUCGAGGAACUGGGUAGAUUCGAUGCCAAAGGGUGUUAG